AUGUCCAACCGCGAGCAGAUCGCCAUGAUGCUAAUGAAUAUGUAUUCGGGCAUUCGAAGCCCGGAGGAGUUUUUUGGUAUGGGCGCUAGGCAGCCAAACCAGUCGAUGGUAUCCCUUCUAGAAUUGCUGACUGCCAGGCAAGCUGCUCAACAGGCCGCGCAGCCUGGAGCAAGUCCGCCAGAUUUAGCUCCAGUGAGCCCACCAGUGGAGCCAGUGGAGCCACCAACCCCACCACCAUCCUUACCAACAUUCGAACCACCCGAGCUCCCACCAAUCCCAACUUAUCAACUCCCCAGUUUCCACAUUGGAGACAUGCAUCGCGUAUUUCUAUUUGAAAAAUACUCCCAAGGAACUUCUGCCAUUGGGUCUUACCGCGAACUUUGUGGGAUACCGGAGCCAGAGGCGAAGGAGGAUUCAGAAUCUGAGGAUGAGAGUGAUAUUGAUGUGGAAGAAGUCCCGAAAAGAUCUCUAUUCAGUAAUACCAGCUACUCUGACAUAGAUUUCUGGUACAACCGCUUCAUGAAUGGCAACUACAGUAUGGAUCGUGAGGAUAAUGUCAAAGAGAAGCCGAACCCAUUCGAAAAACCAAAAGUGCAGGAGUUGAUAGCCAAGUUUUCCGAUAGUUGGACAUUAGCCAACCUGCAACAAGUCAGCUCAAGCUUCCGCGAAGUUGCCAGAAGCACUCCCAUCAACAUCACCAAAGUCAAAGUCCAAGUCGACACUGAAAAUAUCAGAAUGCAAGUUUUUGACGGAAACUAUCGCCAAUGGACAAAUAUCGAGUACCACAAUGAGGAAGAAGGAUGCCGUUACCAAGUUGGGAAGAGAUCUAGAAUAAUGCCAAAGUUGAAUUUUCAUCGGGUUUUCAUGUCGGACUUCAAAAUGAUUGCGAGACAUCCGAUGUUGAAGUUGGAGGAGCUGGAUUUUGAUAUAGUGCAAGAUCGAUUUCCAAUGUACUUGGAAUGGAUUCCAUAUAAGUUUUUCAAAAACUGUGCAAUGUCUUGUCAAGAGAAAAUCCCCUGCAAGAAGUUCUCCAUCACCGUCGACGAGUGUUAUGAUGAUUAUAAGGAUCCAGCAGCCCACUUGUUGAAAAUGUGUGAGCCUGGAGUGGAGACUGUGAUGGUGCGAGUGAUGAAACGUGCCUGGCCACCAUCUGACUACAAUGCAAAAUUCGAUGGGAGGAACUUCUUCACUCAUAAGAUGCGAGACACAACUCAGUGGGGAUGCGCUACCAAUUUGAUUUUUGAGAGUGAUUUCUAUGAUAUAGAAAUCCGCUCGGGUGAUGGUAUCAAGGAAUUCACACUCAACAACAUUUGCCAUAACACUAUGAGAGAGAUGGUCCAAAAUUUCACCAUCAACCCGCUUGAGCACGACAUCACCAUCAACCUCAAAGGAGAGUUGCUCAUGUCAUGUGUGGACCGGAUGGUGGUACAAAACCUGGAAGGCCCGGUACCCCGAGACCGAGUCUGCGAGUUCCCGGUGCUCAACCACUACGAGACGUUCUCCGUUCAGUUCACCGGGUCGCAGAUUCUCUUGAAGAGGCAUGAGGUCAAUUUGGAGGAGAUGUUGUAUUAA